UUGAACCUGAUCUCUCUGUUGAACACUAGGUGGCAGCACCGCCCCUCCGAUGUCUGCUCACUGUCAGAAAACCAUAGAAGGAAUUAGAGGAGGAAAAGAAACAGUUGGCUUUCUGUUCACAAACAAGGUUACACAUUCAUCUUAAAGGUGGCCGAUUUCAUAAUGUUAGCUGUGAGGAACCCCAGUUUCAUAUUGGUAUGAGCUAAUGGAGGAAACUCUGCAGCAGAUCAUGGAGUUAGGGAACUUUUGUCCCCUUUCAAUCUGACAACUGUAAGGGACAUGGAAAAGGAAGAGAUGGAUGAUGAGGAGGUUUGUGACGGUGGUUUUGUCUCGGAGCAGCAGCAGGCUGGAGAGACUGAUGAGUGCACACAGGAGGAUAAUACGGUCCAUCUCAACUCUCAGGAAACUUCAGUUAUUGACCCUGGAACGGGUGACGUAGAGUCAUGUGAAUCCAUGGAGGCUAAAGAGGACGCAGAAGAGGUUUCAGAAGGGUUUGAACAAGAUUUGGAUCAUGAAAACCCACAGCUUAUCAAUCAAGAAGAAGAUGAAGCCGCAAAGGAGCAACAGAUGAACGGAGAGUCUGGCUGGAGGGCGCUGGGAGGCGGACGGAGGUGCAAGUUGAGGAGCGGCAGCUCUCUGUUCGAGCAGAGCUUUCAGAAAGGCAGCAUCCCGUCCAGCGGAAGUCGGCACAAGCAGACUCGCAGACGCAACCAUCACCACCAUCAGCAGAGUCGCAGUCGCAGGCGGACGGGAAAACAACUUUUCUUUGCUUUCAGAGAGAUGCUGUCAGACUCCCUGAGCGUCUGGUGCAUUUCCUGCGUCCACAUGCUGAUUGAGAUCAUUGUGACAUUAACUCACAACUGCGGAGUUGGAGUGGAAAUGGGGGUUUUGAAACUUUACAACUGCGGGAAGCAGAUUGUUGUUAAGAUCACCGAUCUGCCUGGAAUGAAAGCAGACUUUAGCCGGGUUUUGAAGCGGAUGAAAUGCGCUGGAGCAGACCUUUUGGACAAAACUAUGAGGACUCUUAAGUGGAUAAAGUCAGCCGUCUCCUCUUGUUUGAGACUUUUCUGCGCUUUAGUUAUUUUCAGCUUCCAGUGGGUGAAGGGGUUGCUGCUGCGUGUUGGUGGUGAGCGGGGUAAACGCUAUUGGAUGGCUUUUCUGGAGUCGCGGGUCUGGAAGAGGCUGGCGUCUGUGUUGGAGAGAGUCCGGAGCUGGUUCAGGAAGUAUCGCAACACUCCGUCAUCGCCCUCGUCGCCCAGCAGAGCCGCAAGAGGGGAGCCAAGUCAGGAACUGGAGCGACUGCUGGCGCUGGCCGAGGUGCCAGAGGGGGAGCUCGACCCCUUCACGGUGCUGGGCGUGGAGGUGCAUGCCACAGAGACGGAGCUGAAGAAGGCCUACAGACAGCUGGCUGUCCAGGUCCAUCCAGACAAAAACAAACAUCCGCGAGCCGGAGAGGCGUUCAAGGUUCUGAGGGCAGCCUGGGAUAUUGUCAGCAACCCUGAGACACGGCGAGAGUAUGAGCUGAAGCGCAUGGCAGCAACCGAGCUCUCAAAGUCCAUGAACGAGUUUCUCACCAAACUGCAGGAUGACCUGAAGGAAGCCAUGAACACCAUGAUGUGCACAAAGUGUGAAGGCAAGCACAAGCGGUUCGAGAUGGAUCGAGAUCCUGCUGAAGCCCGCUUCUGUGCUGAAUGCAGCCGUUGCCAUAGCGCCGAGGAGGGAGACCUGUGGGCCGAGUCCAGCAUGUUGGGUUUACGCAUCACGUACUUUGCUUGUAUGGAAGGAAAAGUGUAUGACAUUACAGAGUGGGCAGGUUGCCAAAGAAUAAGCAUUUCCCCCGACACCCACCGCGUCCCGUACCACAUCUCGUUUGGUUCAAAGAACAACAGCAGCGCCACACGACACAGGAGCCCCUCGGAGCACGCCGCCGGUCCUUCGAACCCGGCUGACUUGCAGGACUUCUUCAACAGAAUGUUCAAGGGCGGGCCGCCGAAUGACAUGGCUGCCAACGGCGGGGGCUUCUUUCCCUCAGGUCCGCCCCACCACCACCCGCCCGGUGCUGGAGCUGCCCCUUUCUCCCCUCCCCCGGGUCAGACAGGUUUCUACAUGCCGGGGGGCCAUCGGCCAGACUCCGGCGAGACGUGGCCCGACGGCGGCAAACCCCCCCGGAGGAGGAAGAAGGUCCGAAAACCCUUCCAGAGGUGAAGUCCGUUUACUCAUUAGUGUGUCAAAACCGGGACACGAUAAGAAAAUGGCCAUGUUUGUCUCUCGCCCGCCUGUGGGCGUGCCAAGAUCUGAAGAGUGGUUGAGUGUGAAGCUGCAGUCAGAUCCGCCAAGCAGAGAGGGACUGGAUCACGAAGAGGAACCAGUUGGGUGAAUCUCAGUGUUGAAGGCCGAGGAAGUGGCAGUGACGGUGCUUUAUCUGUCAUUUCAUCCUGUUGUGUUGCUGGUCUCACUCAUGACUGUAGCCUUGACAACCGAGAUCCCUCUGAUGCCGUAAUGAAGCAUUUUCUUUUUUCGAGAAUUUCCUGCCAAAUCCAUUACUGCAUGAUUUACUCACCUUUUUGUAACGCUUCGGUUUUCUUACUUCUCUUUUGUAUCGGGUUAAUUUCCCACUUUGGGCUCCGUGUCGGGAGGGAGAGGAAACGGUAGAGGUGAGGGCGAAGCUCAUUAAGAUUUAUAGCUGAGAAAUGAAGAAGAGGGCUUGUGCAGCUUAACGUGUCAGUGUUACUGUUGUCGUUAUCGCCGUGUGUUUGUUGUUUUCUGCAUCUGGAGCAAAGCCUUGUCCAGCCCAAACAGGCAGGACGAAUCUGAACCACGCUAACAGGACGCAACGACACACAUCACAUCUGUUUCUUUGUUUUUAUGUGGCUUGUCGUUACAGUGUCCUGCAGAAGUAUUUACACCCCUUGAACAUUUCUGAAUUUCAUUUUAACGCGCCCACAAACUACUGUGUGUUUUACUAGGAUUACAUGUGAUGAACUGACACAAAUAUUUUUUUUAAUAAGUAAAAAACUAAAAAGUGUGGCAUAGUUACAUUAAACCCCCUCCAGUCAAAACACACCACUGCAAAAACACAAAAUCUUACCGAGUAUUUUUGGUCUAGCACACUUGAAGUGGUAUAGAGGCUUGUUUAAGUAAAUAAUUCCUUAUUAUUGAUGAAAAGGUGCUAGAUCCAUAGGCAGAUUAAUUUAUAACAAGAAAAUAAUUUAUCUGCCAAUGGAACAAGUACUUUCCCCAUCAAUUAUUCACAUAAAACAAGCCUCUGUGUCUUGCUAUGAAGUUACUUUUAUUUAGUUUCUUAUUUCAAGUGCAUUAAGAUAUUUGCUUCAGAAAUCAGAACAAAAUGUCUUGGUUAGAGUUUGUUUUUGCAGUGAUUUUGCUUCUAGUCUUUUGAGUGGAUCUACCAGCUUUGAACCCAAAGGACUGAAAUCCAAACUGUCUGUGAAAAUCAAAUUUCAAGUCUUUCCACAUGAUUCCAGUUGGGACUUUGACUAGGCCAUUCUAUCACAUAAAUAUGCAGCCAAUCCGCUGCUUUUGUCUCUGGAUGUUUACGGCCAUUUUCCUGUUGGUGGAUAGCAGCAGUUUCUCACACAGAAACAUCUAUCAGAAAGCUAGCCAACGUCUCUGCUCCAGCCAAAGAAGAGCGUCCCCACAGCAUGAUGCUGCCACUACCAUGUAAUACAAUGGGAAUAGUAUGUUCAAGGCUUUACUUUUCGCCACAAGUAGUGUUUUGGAUGUAGGUUUAAAAGUCGUGACAAAUGUCAAAUGGGACUUCUGUGACCUCCUUAUUGCCAGAUGUCUGCAGUGGGGCUCUUGGCUGCUUUUCAGGUUACUGGUUUCCAGUUGUUGGUCUCUACUGGCGAGAAGUCCAAGCCUUGAAAUAUUGUUUUAGAGCCUUUUAUAAUCAGCAUAGCAGGGACUGAAUGCACUUUUUGAUAUGGAUUUGUAAGGAAAUAAAUUAACACUAUUUUGUAUUCCAGGAACCCAAAUAUAUAAAAAAAGUGGUUGUAAUGUGACAAAAUGUCACCAGUUCCAAGGGAUGCGAAUACUUCUGCAAGGCACUGCCUGACGGUCUGAUUGAUAAAAUUAAUCUCCCAAAAAGCAUAGAAAAUCUUCAAUAUUUGGGUUUAGUCCUGAUAUUUUCUACUAGAAACAAGUUUUGAAGCCUCCUAUUUGUUUUGCAUCAACCGGUUUUAUGCACCUGCCUCUGAUUACACAUUCAUUUUGAAUAUUUCUAAUGAAUAAUUGAGGGUAUUUUUAUCUAAAUCCUGACGAUAAAAUGUCUUCAGAUGAAAAUAGUCUAGCUUCAGAAAAUUCACCGAUUUAAGCAGAGGAACAGUUCUGAUGCUUUUUGUUCCGACUUAAGCAGCAAGGUUGAAGACAACAGGACGUGUAUGCUGCUACAUUGUUGAUUUGCUCUAUUUUUCUUACGUAGCUGCUAAGAUCAUUUUUGUUCCAGUUAAUCUAAAUUUUCUCUGGAUUUUCCUAAGCUGAAGUUGUUGCAUGUUCUUUAGCAUGUUUUUACUCCAUGAUUAUUGCGUUGAUGUCCCAGUUCACGUCACGUUCUGCAUCCAAAUAGUUAUUGUGGUUCAGAUUUCCACAUUACAGGUUCACAGGAAAUCUGCCCAGUGCUUACUGGUUAUAAACAUUAAAGAAAGUCAGUUAAGUUCACAUGGGCCUUGCCUAGAAAUUAAUGAAACCUUUUUUGUUUUGCCUGUAGCCUUGUAAAAGCAACCUGCUGCAUUGUUUACAUCUGACUUUAAGAUUGUGGGCAGUUAUUGAAAAAGGCAACUGUGUGUGUGUGUGUGAGAGGCACUUGAUAAAAGUUAUAUUUUAUAUUCAUAGGAAGUUUUCUAUUGUGUUAAUUUUUUUCCUUUCUUGGACUUUUGCACACCCGGCACUGUAAAAGAGCAGAACUGAUUUCGAUUCAGUGGUUUUGAAGCUAAACCUCCAGCUGCAGGUGAGUGGGAGGUCUUACUCACCGAGCUCGACAGCAGCUCACCUACAGAUUUUACGUUUGCACAGCCACCGCGCUCCAGAGAAGAUGAGUUUUGUUAUUGUAACAGAGUGAAUGCCUAAAAGGAGCUCUUGUUGCAGAUGCCCGUUUCUGCAGGAAGUCUUUGGUUCUCUGCACCUGCUUUAAAAAAAAAAAAGGUUUUUCCCUCACAAAAGGAAAUGUGUGGAAUCUGAGGCUCCCUUUAUGUAAAGCCAUCUCUCCAAUGAAGACAAAAAUGUUCCAACUAGGAGUGAAUUUCAGAAAUUGAUCACAGUAACUUGACAUUUCUGCAGCACCACACCCUGAUCUUUAGUUCGCGCAGGAACUGCACAGCCUCAUCCAUGAUGCAUUAUUUAGCUUCGUUUUCAACUCAGAAUAUGAAGUGCUGCACGUUUAAAGGUAGCAGGUCAGAGUCCAAGAGGUCUGAACGAGUCGACAGUGUUCCGUUUCCUUUGUGUUUUUAAACAGAUUAUGCAGAAAUAUUGCAAAAAUAUUUGACAAUCAGGGUUUUUUUGUAUGAAGUUCAGAGACAAGUUCCCAGUUGAACAGUUUAAGUAAUCUUGGGUUUCUUUCCCCUGCUUUCUCUGGUUUUCAAAAUAAAGAUGAUUUCCAAGAUG